AUGGCCCAAAGUCCAGAGUAUACCCAUUGUGUCGAAUGUUUGCGUAAGCUGGAAUCGCAACUUCUGCUUGAUCCCUUUUCCCCGGGCUCAGCCGCUCUGAUCUCGGAAUACGCAAGUAUGGUGCGGUUGAUGGUCGUAUGCGUUACGCAGCUGAACCGCGGGCUACAGCUAGCCUGGCAGCGUGGCAGUGACAUAAAGAUAACACGGGAACGGGGGCUAACGUUAUCGGCGGACACUACGUCUCAGGUUGCCGAAAUCAUCAAAGCGGUGGAUUUCAUAAGCACGCUCCAGCGCAGAUUUAAGGCCGCCCAGGGCCAAAAGCACGCUGAGUUCAGAGCGCAUUUGAAAGAAAUGCAAUCGGAAGGGUGCGAGAACUACCGAAAGAAGGUGGCAGAGAUGGCUGGCUCGAACACUACAACCAGAAAGGGAGACGACUCUGGGCGUGCGACCGCACAGCCCGAAUCCAAAAAACACCAGCUCUUAUCCACUAACAAGAAGAUCACGUCCUCUCUGACACGCACAAACCAUAUGCUGCGCAGCUCCGUGCUGCGGAGCGAGCUGAACGUGAGUGAGCUUCAAGAACAGACGGCGUCGCUGCACAAGUUGAACGACCGCUUCGACUCUCUGUCCGGCGUGCUGACGGCCUCAUCGCAGAUCGUCAGGGUUAUUCAGGAUGCGUCGGGCCGGGAACGACGCCAGAUCUACUCCGGCCUGGCAUUCCUGGGGCUGUGUAUCUCGUGGGUUCUAUGGAGGCGUGUCUUCAAGAUGCCCGUCAAACUACUUCUGUGGGUGUGGUUCCGGUUUUUCCGCUCCAUCUUGAGCUUCUUCGGCGCGGUGCCUACAGCUACUGUUGGAAUGGGCUUGGAGUCCACGGCGAAAAUCACCGACGUUCUGGCCACUGCGACGGACUCACCUACGGCCGCAUCUCACGUUCUCACACAGCCCACCGAAUCCAUGCUGACCAUCGUGGAGGAUGCGGUGGAUGAGGCGUUUUCGAGAAUACGAGACGAAUUGUGA